AAACAAGAGCGCACGAACGAGGCUUCCCUCUCCCUGGAGAUAAUUCUGGAUGACAUUUUAUGGCUCCAAUUUCUCCGACCUUCUUCCUGAGCAGAGCUCUGCCUCCCCUGCAGCUUCCGGCUGAAACUGGAAGGGCAGCGGGAGUCGCCUCCAUGGCCUCAGCUGCAACCCUUCCCAUGCUCCGGCUAAAACCAAGAUGCCACAGCUACUUUCAGGCGAUCGAUCCAGUUCUUGCCCACAUCAAGAUUUCUAGCGCCUGCAAGUGCCAGAUACCAACCCAGCGGUUGCUUGUUUCCAGCGGAGGAAGAAGUUUGCUGCACACAUUCCUGCAGGUGUCUGCAGUUGGAUCAGGUCGUGACUCAUCCAUCACUGAAGACAAGAGGAAGAGCGACCUGUCGCUGGAGAACGUCAAGGUGUCCGUCAUGUCGCGCGACGACGACAAGAUCAAUGUAAGAGUGCAGUUGCCUGGAAAGGCAACACAAAAGGUUUUUGAUGAAGCUCUUGCAAUAUUGGCUCGCGAUGCACCGCCAGUUCCUGGUUUCAGAAAGUCCAAGGGAGGGAAAACAUCAAAUAUCCCCAGCAGCAUCCUCCUCCAGAUGCUCGGCAAAAGCCGGGUCACCAAGUUCGUUCUUCAGGAAAUACUGAGCAUCACCAUUGAAGAAUUUGUCAAGAAGGAAAACCUCAAGGUGAACCCUGAGAUCAAGACGACCCAGUCCGAAGGCGAGAUGGAGUCAGCGUUUAUGCCAGGUUCAGCAUUCGAGUUCAAUGUUAUCCUGCAGCUUGAGAAAUCUGAUUCUGAUGAGAAUUCAGAGGGGCAAUCUGACACUUCAGAGUAGAAACAAACGCCUAUCCCUUGCGUACCUGUAUCACUCAUUUGUACUCUCUGUUUCUUGUGAGUGUAGUAACUGGAAAGAGGAAACGCACAUGUUUCAGAUAAGAGACUUAAAUUGAUUUGCAAGUUGCAACCGAAACAUUUCUGAA